UUGUUACAGGAGUCAGGGAGGGUUAAUAGAAUCAAGGUUUUUCUGGAUAUAAAGUUACAAAUAUAUAUUGUAUGUACACAUGUAGAAAUGUGAGACAGAAGUAGAAGUGUGGUUGACAGUCUAAUAAAGUAGGCAGCGUUAAUGCACCUUUACGAUGAGUGCCACCCGCCAUAAAACAAAAAGAAGAAGAAGAAGAAGCGUUUCCGUCCGCUGCGGAUUUAGUUCCGUUGGCAAAUUUGGACAACUAUCGGAACAAAAACAAACUCAGAUGGCAAUUGCUUUUUCCUCGACUUUUUUCCUACAGUUUGAAACUUCCGAUAAUUAGGUGAAGUAUGCUGGCUGCUGUUAAACGCGCAAGGUCUUGCCUGAGAUACCUCAGGAGUAUGUCUUACAAAGGACACCAGCAGACAAAUGUAGUCAUCCUGCCUAAGCAUUUGGCUGAUGACUUUGAGGCGUUCUGUCACAGAAACUCUGCACCUUUGCCACUCCUCUACCGCAGCCAAUCUGGUGAGAACUCCUGCCCACCUCUGGCUAAACAUGCUGACAUCAGGACAGACAUUUCACAAUACAGAGUGUAUCAGGAUGGCGUCCCAGUCGAAAAUGUCUCCAGCCUGCAGAACUACAGUGUUUCAGUCAGGAGUACAUCACAACAGCCGGAUGGUCAUCAAGUCAAGUGGUCAGACAUGGUGUGUUUCUAUCUGGGCUGUAGCUUUGGCUUUGAGGACACCUUGAAGAAAGCUGGAGUUGUAGUCAGGAAUGUGGAGCAAGGCAGAAAUGCCAGCAUGUACAAGACUGCAGUUCCCUGUAUUAGAACAGGUGCUUUCAGCUCCCCUCUUGGGGUGUCUAUGUAUCCAAUUCCACCUGAUAUGUUAGAGGCAGCAGUCCAGGCCUCUCACCUUAAUCCACAAGCACAUGGAGCUCCUGUGCACAUUGGGGAUGCAGCUUUCCUUGGCAUACAGGAUCUAUCCAGACCAGACUAUGGGGAUCGAGUUGAGCUGCAGCCUGCGGACAUCCCAGUCUUUUGGGCCUGUGGAAUGACAGCUGUAGAAGCAAUAAUGAGCAGCAAACCAACUUUGGCAUUCAGUCACACACCUGACUGCAUGUUCUUGACUGAUGUACAUGAAACCUCCCCCAUACCUCUUCCCAUUGACAACAAGGCAUCUGAACCCAUAAGCCUCCACCCAGAGCUGACCCCCCUCUGCUUUCUGAUAUCCCAAAAUCCAUUGUUGUAUAGUUUGGCGUCCAAGAGAGCUGUGUCCACGAUCAAGAAGCUGGAUGCAAUUAUUGGAGAGGAUCCAGGUCAACGAGGGAUCAAAGCUUUGUUUGUCCAAGAUGAACUUCUUCGCUCCUGUCUGGCACUCUCCCAUGCGUCAUCUGUUGCCAUAACCACAGGUUUUCCCACACACUACAUGCACAGUCCUCCUGAUGAGACUGAUGGCCCACCUGGAGCUUUUGCAAUGGCUACCAUGCUGCAAUCUCUUGGCAAGCAAGUUACAAUGGUGACAGACCGGAGAGCCUUCGAGAUGAAUCAGGCCCUCAUUGAUAAAGCUGUCAAGUCAGGUGUCCUGAAAACCACAAUUCCACUGGUCACCUUCGAAGAGAGCAGUCCAAACUCUGCGCUUGAGUUUUUGUGCCACCAUGGUGACCCCACUAAGCCCAGGUAUGACCACCUGGUGGCGAUAGAGCGGAGCGGGAGAGCUUCAGAUGGGAACUACUACAACAUGAGAGGAAUAAACAUCAAACAUCUUGUGGAUCCAAUUGAUGACCUGUUUCUUGCUGCAGAGAAGAUACCAGGAAUUACAACUACAGGAAUUGGUGAUGGAGGCAAUGAGCUGGGGAUGGGGAAAGUGAAGGAGAAAGUGAAAAACUUGAUGCCAAAGGGGGAUCUGAUAGCCUGUGAUGUUCCUGCUGACUACGCCAUCACUGCAGGGGUGUCCAACUGGGGAGGGUACGCUGUGGCCUGUGGCCUUUACCUGCUGUAUACCUGUCCCACCCACCAGCGGUACCUAAAUAAAGGACUGGGAGUGGAUCACAUAACCCCAAACGAUUUACAAGACUGGACUGCUAACCUGCCAUCUGUGAAGAAGGAGGAGUCUAUCUUGUCAACUCUGGUGGAUUUUGGCAUUCGAAGUGGGAAGACUGGUCACCUGGCCAUGGAGGUGGAUGGUUUGACCUUUCACCCAUCACAUUCUGACAUCAUAACCAGACUACUGGAGGUCACCCUUGGCUCAGCCAAAUAGCUUGACGCGUACGCAAAUAGAUUUGUUUCUUUCUGUUUGAAUGCUUUUGGCUAAAACGAAUGAGCUUUUUCAGAUGACCCAUUUCUACAUGUCUGCUUGUCUAUGUCAUUUCUCUUACAUUUGUCUGCACUGCAAUGGUAGAGUUCAGUUAAGCGAAGACCUCCCUUGAAUAGAAUAUACUGUAGCGGUAUAUGAAGUGUGCUUUUGUACUUAUUUCUAUAUGCAUUUGUUGAUCAUUUAUCAAUCAAAUAUCACAGUGAACCGGGGUUUCUGUCUGAGAUUGUGGAUCUCAUCUUCCUGGUUCUGUCCAGUAUUUGCAGUCUUUAACUACUGCAUCUAUACUGUGUUGUCAUUUUUAGUAUUUUCAUCUUUAAAAUAUUGUGGCUAGCCUGCUUGCCUAGAGUCAUUCUUGAUAAUGUUGCGUCAUGGCUUCUUUCAUUCCGUCCGUACUUGUCUUGUACUUUUCCACUGUGACCUUUGACCCAGUCAUAACCCAAAUUUAAUGUGAUUUCCUGCUGGAUCAUAGCAGCAUCUGCCAAGAUUAAUACACACACACAAACACACGUACGCACAACGUCCAGAGGCAACACGCAUCACACAUUUAUCAGUAUCAUUUAAGGGAUUACACAAACACGCACACACAAUUUCAGCGUCCACAGGAAAGAUCCACUUACAAAACAAAUACAAUUUUCCUAAUACACCUGACCACUGUUUUGUGAAUCUUUUACAACUAAUAAACAAUAUCUCACAUUCAGCCAACAACAACACAAAUGUCCUUUCUUCAAACUGAACUGUCGUCAGUCACUGGGGAUCGAAGCAAAGUGAGUAUACUAUAAGUGAAUGAUAACUAUUUUCACAAUAGUCAUUUAAAAAUAUGACAUUUUGUUACAUUGUAAUUUUACCCUGCAACAAAGCAGGGUUAGGCGGUGCAUUUGGUAUCUGUAUCAUUAAAAAAAAAUAACAUAAUACAUUGCUGUUCACCAUGACUUGAUUUGAACCCUCAUUCCAUGCAGCAAGCACCAGCAUCAUUACCCACUGAGCUAUCCAGCCACUUCCAAAAAAAUGUACUCUUUACCGUAUACAUAACCACUAGGCUACCACAAUACCAGCGAUAAAAAGCAUGACACCCACUUACCCUUUUAUUUUCAAAUACAUCAGCACCGAUAUGCCUGACUCACUUCUGAGAGUAACCAAGUAUUACUUUAACUUCCACCGAUAAUCACUGGCGCCUGUUUUUUUGCCACCGGAAGGGCUCAGUGAUGGAGGGUUCCGAUAAGUUCAGACCUCCGCACUACAACAUUAUCUUGGGAAACUCAGAAUCAAUAUAUAUCAUGACAAAAACAUCAAACUUCAAAAAUAUAUACAUCUACUACUCACCAGAUAUGUCCGUUUCUCCUUUCUGAAGGCCCUGGGAAGAUUACAUUGGUAUGGCAACACAUAGAAGCUAAAAUCUGAUUGGACAAAAAAUUCUAACAUGCACAAGCACAUUUGAGUCAAUGCAGUCAAUAUACACAUUACGAAAUAAAGAUUAAAAACUGUUUGGGAAUAAAUGAAUGCAUUUUCAUUGAACAAAUGCUUGAAUUUAAGUUGUAAAUGUAGGUCAGUGCUUCUGAUAGUGUUGAGGCCAGCAGAGAAAGCCUUGCUGGCCCUGACAGCACACUACUGCUGGAAUAUACUGUAUCAGUUGAUUCAGUGUCACGACCAUUAAUUAUAAAUGUCAUGUUGGUCGCUACAGAUGAAAGUUGCUUGAGAACUAGUUACAGCACACUCCGGCGGAAGAAUACGUGCGCAGUGAAGCACAAGAAAGCAGUGUGUGCCUUGGAUGAAGGCAGUGUGUCUGCACAGCCACGCUGAGGAAGAACGUUGUCACUUAUUAGUUAAAGAUGAUGUCUCUUUUGCUCCAAAUGACACUUUUUUUUAACCAAAAAAUAUAACAACACCACGGGCUAGCAGAUGUUACCAAUAGUAGUUUAAAAUAACAGCCUAAACAAAUACAUACAUAUAUUUGUCACAAUUUAAAGUUAAACUUUGUGUAAAGAAUGUCUUUUAUCCCGAAUAAACUGGUUGGCAUUUAUGGCUUUCACACUCCACCGUCUCAUAUACACGUAAAUGUCCAUAGCACCCACACAUACACGAUAGAAGUCUCGGAGAAGCGACCGACAAUUUGGUGCUAUUGUGUGUUUAUGAUAGGCCGUACAUUCGUUCGUUAGUAGCUAAACUUUGCCAAAUUGCUGAUUGGCUGAUAACAAACAUAAAUAAUGCACGUGCGUGUGUGCUAUGUGGGGGGCGUGGAUAAUAGAUAAGGAGAAAGGGUGAUUUUAAAUAAGCUCUGUUUCUUCCUACUCCUUUUCGGGCAUGUUGACUUGUGCAAAUGUAACUAAAUGAUGCUCUUUAAAGGUGCUAUCCCUCCUUGGUUCCAAAUUACAUUACAAUAAUAUUUCUAAUAAAGUGAUUAGUUAAGUAAUCAAGGAUCACAAUUGUGUCGUUCACAACAAAUGAAUGUUCUUACGCGACAAACAGUGCAGUGAAACGAUGAAGGACACAUACAGAUAUGUUUCACCUUUGGUUAAUUUGAAUUCUGAAACGUUAAAGUGUUUCACACUGAUUUGAACUUCCCAGCCAUCGUACUAUUGGCUUUCUUUACUCAAACAUUUUAUGUAAUAAACGGGAAUAACUGUUAUAUUUUGUUAUUAUUGCAUUGUCUUAUGUUGUUGUAUUAAUGUAUUGUCAGAUUAUCACAAAUCAUAUUUUUUCUGUGUUUUAUUGUAAAUAUAAUAAUAAACAACAAAUUAAAGGCAAAAACACAAAAUAAUUCAAUGGGAUUUCAAGUAGAAUGUGUUCGUAUUAGUAUAGGUAGGUAUCUGCAAUACUGGCCCCAGUAUUUGCUUGGUAUGGAAUCCAAAUGUGUCUUAUUGCCCACCCUUCCUGUCCACAAGGAAGUGC